AUGUAUGUUGGUGUCGAUCUUAGUCAUGGAUCACCUAGUUCAGGAAGAAAAUUAUCUACUGUAGCUGUUGUAGCAUCAGCUGAUGAAGUACCUAAUAGAUAUUUCAAAGAAAUCUACAUACAAGAACGAGCAGCAGAACUACGAAGAGAAAGUCGCGAAUAUGUGGUAAAUAUGAAAGAAAUUAUGAAAUCAUUAAUUAACCAAUAUAACAAACAUCGUGGUUAUCCACCAAGAGCCAUUGUUAUUUAUCGUGAUGGUAUUUCAGAAAGUGAAUUUGAUACCGUAUUCGAAAAUGAACUUACGGCAAUACGAAAAGCUUGUGUUGAAUUAUCGCCAGUCUAUCAACCUUAUCUUACUUAUAUUGUAGUAAAUAAAAGACAUCACACAAGGUUUUUUUCUACUGAUUUAAAAAGUAAUGUUUCGGCUGGUACUAUUGUUGAUUCACAUGCUGUAACAAAUCCUACAACUUAUGAUUUUUUUUUGAAUAGCCAUCAUUCAGAUAAAGGAACAAGUCGCCCAACACACUAUCAUGUAUUAUACGAUGAUAAUAAACUGCAACCAGAACAAGUUCAAAUGUUAACGUAUGCAUUAUGUUAUACAUCUGCUCGUUGUACUCGUUCAAUAUCGAUUCCGGCACCCGUAAAAUAUGCUGAUCUAUUAGCUUUUCGUGUUAGUUUCUAUAUAAACAACAAUGAUCCAUUUAGCACUAAAUCAGGUAAUUCUGAACCGACUAUUCCUGUAAAUCAAGAUGUAAAUAUUGAUAAUAUGAUCAAAAGUAAACGUAUUGUGUUAAGUUCUGAAUUAGCACCAGAUUGUCCAUUCUUUUUAUGA